UGUUAAAACUUUCCAACUUUACAAACCUCCAUCUCUAAUUCUCUACCAACCCAAAAUAAUGAUGAAACAUAUCAUCCUCCCCAUACUCUACCUCCUCCUCUCCACCACCACCUCCUCCGCCAUCAUGGGUAUCAACUACGGCCGUGUCGCCAACAACCUCCCACAACCUUCCAAAGUAGCAAACUUCCUCACAUCCAAAACCACCCUCAAACAUGUAAAAAUCUUUGACUUUGAUCCUCAAAUCCUCCAAGGAUUUGCCAACACCAAUAUCUCCCUAACCAUCACCAUCCCUAACGCCAACAUCCCUCAACUCACCAAUCCUUCAUUAGCUCAAUCAUGGAUUGCUACAAAUAUCAUCCCUUACUACCCUAAAACAAUUAUACGUUAUAUCAUCAUGGGUAAUGAGGUUCAAUUUUCUGGUGAUCAAACCCUAAUGAACAACACCAUUAAAGCUAUGAAUUCAAUUUAUCAAGCACUUUUAUCUAAGAAUUUAACUAAAAUUAAGGUUACAACCCCACACUCUUUAGCUAUAUUGGAAAGGUCAAAGUAUCCUAGUUUUGCGCGUUUUAAAAUGGGUUAUGAAAAGGUGUUUUUUAUCCCAUUAUUGGAAUUCCAUCGUAAAACAAAAUCUCCAUUCAUGGUUAAUCCGUACCCUUACUUUGGGUUUGAUCCUAACAAUGUAAAUUUUGCGACAUUCAAGGAAAAUGAUGGCUUAUUGGAUAAGUCAACGGGGUUAAGGUACUACAACAUGUUUGAUUACUUAAUGGAUGCGGUUUACUCCUCGAUGAAGCGGUUGGGUUAUGAUGACGUGGAAAUAAACGUGGGUGAAACCGGUUGGCCUUCGUUAGGUGACCCGAGUGAACCGUUUGCAACAUUGGAAAAUGCGGUGUCGUAUAACUCAAAUUUGAUUAAGCAUGUGAGUUCUGGGAAUGGUACGCCAUUGAUGCCGAAUCGCACUUUAGAAACUUACAUAUUUGCCCUUUUUAAUGAGAAUCUCAAGUCCAGUACCAGCGAGCGCAAUUACGGUUUAUUUAGACCGGAUUUUACUCCGGUUUAUGAUGUUGGUGUGUUCAACCCUUGAACUUCGCCUAUCUUGCUCACGUGAAGGUUUAGAAGACAUUAUUAUGGAAAAUUGAAGGAGUUAUCGGUUGUAUAUGUUUAUUUAUUUAUAUAUUUAUUACUUAUUAAAAACUAUGUAAUUAAUUAUAUUAUGAGUUAAAUAGCCUUAAUUAAUAUUUUGUAAGCUAUCUAUGUAGUUGUACAUAAUUUGGUGUGUAACGUAUCUUAG